UUUUAAAUUUCCGGUUUUAGCACUCGCGGAGAAUUUGAUAAAGAAAAUCUACAAUCUAGAUUCUAGAUGAGAUCUAGCUAGAUCUAUUUAGAUUCUAGAUCUACUUGUCAAAUUCUAAAGCUCUAUAGAUCUAGUCAUUAGAUAAAGAGUAUUGAUCUUUAUAGAUUAGUAUAGGGCUAAAUUAUCAUGGUACGUUUAAUAAAUUACCCAGUUCCAACAGAAGGUAUUCAACACAGAGAAACAAGUGUAAAUUUGAACAUUGAAAAUGUUGACAUCGGCACAGGAACUUUAUUCAUUACAGAAAGUUUUGUCCUGUGGUUGGAUAGCAGUGAUCAGGGUGUUCAACUUGAUUAUCGACUGAUUUGUUUACAUGCAAUAUCAAGAGACCUGAAUGCAUUUCCUCAUGAGCAUUUACUUUGUCACUAUGUUGGAAAAUUGCCAGGGAUAAAUGAUGAAAAUAAUGAUGAAUCUGAUGGCAGUAAUGAAGCAGACGAGGAGUCUGAAGGAGAAUUAAUAGAAAUCAGAUUCAUACCAGAGAAUAAGGAUUCAUUGCAAGUUUUGUUUGAUUCAUUGGCCAACUGUCAAACACUCCACCCUGACAGCGAUUGUCAAUUGUCUGGAGAUGAAUUUGAUGAUGCAGAAGAUAACUUUAGAGAAGAAAUCUAUGACAAUGAAGGUAAUGUGAACAAUCUUACAGAGCAGGGGAGAAUCAAUCUGGAACGCUUUAAUCAAAUGUUAAAUGUUGGCCAAGGAGACGCUGAAAUCACAGCACAGACUAAUCUCUUAAAUAUUGCUAAUGGAUAUGAAGAAGAAGGACAUGUUGAUGAAGAACAAUUUGAGGAUGCCGAUCAAAUGGAUCAGUAAAAAGGAUUUGAUCAGUAAAAAGUUGCUCAUAAAGUAUGAUAGUGUGUGUGUGUCUCUGUUGGCAAGUGGAAAAAAAUCUUUUCUUCAUAUAAUCUCAUUGCCCCCUGCAAUUUUUUAACUAUUAGAUUUAAGAAAAGUAUAAAUAUUAUUUCUGAAUGAAUUAAUUUUGUGCUACAAAUUUCACAUGCCUUUGUUUUUCUGAUAAAUCAGAAGUCCAAGAAAAGAUUUUAGCAAGGAAAUUUCCACAGUUGGCAUAUUUUGUAUUUUUUUAUUUGUACAAUUGUGUGUGUAAAUGAUUUAAGUGUACACCUGAGUGAAAAUAAGUGAAAGAUUGAUAAUGAUUCUAGAAUGACUGAACUUUUUUUUGUUGAAACUGGAGACCAUUGUUAUCAUUCAUUGUUGUCUUAAUGAUAGAAUUUGUACAAUAUUCCAAAAACACUUUACAUUAGUUCAGUACGUUACUUAUUUGAUUGGUUUAUUGUGCGUUCAAGUUUAACAUGUUGAUGAUUGUUUUAUUUGGUGAAACUAUCAUAUAUACAUGCCUUUGAAUAAAAAAAAAAAGUAAAUUUAUGCAUUUGUGGUUUUGUCUUCGUUUAGGUCUAGAAACUUCAAAAUAAAUAAUUAUUUUACUUCUU